GAAAUUUGUACUGUGAAGAUUCUAACACCCGUUUUCCUGACUUCAUUCAUCUUGUUCUAUGUGUGGUUUGUUCCGUCCAUUUUGCUUACAGAAUUUGGUCAGUAUAUCAUUACAGAUCCGACUGGUCUUUAUCAGGUAUCGGCGAUCAGUGUUUUAGCAAGGAGGUAUUUAACCUCCUUGGUUUUAGUGAAUUUUUUUUAAUAGCUGCUCGUUUUUAGCGGCUGGUUUUUGGUUAUGUAAAGUUUGAGCCACCUGACGCCAUGUUCCGCCGGGGUUUUCCGGCCUUACCCCAAUUCUCUCCGUCAAGGCUCUUCUGUCCAGUAACCCCGGGCGUUGGAUUUUCUUGUCUUUCCAGUAAACCUCAGACAUGCAGCGAGGGAUACCCUACUGUUCUACACUGGACACCGGUGCCGGCAUAUACUGCCCUGUCUGCGCUAAACUGCCCGCACCUGCCAACGACGCAGGGUUCCGAACAGUGGAGACCAUCUCAGUGCACGGAGAAGGUUUCACUCUACAUGGCGACAAACACAACAGUUACUCAAGAAUACAAUUAAGAAGUGGAACAAAAUACCAGGUAAACUUCGCCAUGUCCACCCUGAGAUGCAGACUACAACAGGAAUUCACAUGGCUAGCACGAAACCUAGUCGUGGAAGGCUUGGGGUGUGCAUUCAUGUUUUGCAGCCAAGAAAAUUGAAAAACAAGCAUGGAAUGCAACAGCAUCAUGGAAGCAAAGAAAAUAAAAAC